GUAGGCAGAGUUCAUGAGCGCACGGUGGCGAAACCGAGGCUGUAACGUCAUGCUCGACUCUAAACCUCACCCACCCUCCCAGAGACGAGCAGCUCUUUCACAGGCGCAGACGGACUGACUGGCUGGAGCUGUAGCGGAUUGCCGUAGUUAGCGGACACACUGCACAAUGCGUGAAUACAAGUUAGUAGUCCUCGGAUCUGGAGGUGUCGGCAAGUCUGCGUUGACUGUUCAGUUUGUCCAAGGGAUCUUUGUGGAAAAGUAUGACCCCACAAUAGAAGACUCAUACAGAAAGCAAGUGGAGGUGGAUGGACAGCAGUGUAUGUUGGAAAUUCUGGAUACUGCCGGAACGGAACAAUUCACAGCCAUGAGGGACCUGUACAUGAAGAACGGCCAGGGCUUUGCACUAGUAUACUCCAUAACGGCACAGUCCACCUUCAACGAUCUGCAGGACUUGAGAGAACAGAUUCUGCGGGUCAAAGAUACGGAUGACGUGCCCAUGAUCCUGGUGGGUAAUAAGUGUGAUCUGGAAGACGAGAGGGUGGUUGGGAAGGAACAGGGCCAGAAUCUCGCCCGUCAGUGGAACAGCUGUGCUUUCCUGGAGUCCUCUGCAAAGUCCAAGAUUAACGUCAAUGAGAUCUUCUAUGACCUGGUCCGGCAAAUCAACAGGAAAACUCCAGUACCUGGAAAGGCCCGCAAAAAGUCUACCUGCCAGCUGCUCUAAUAUACAGCUGUUCUUUUGCUCUGAGCCAGGUCUGAUUUACUGCUGUCUUUCAGCAGUGCCAGCAUUCCGACGUUACUAAAACUUAACAUCGAAUGGACUUUCCUAUGUGGUGAUGCCCCUUUAACAAACCAACCAAUCAACCAACAAACCGACCGACAACCAACCAAUGGAUUCAAGGCUACAGUACCAUGACCGUUUUUUGCACAUAGAUAACAUCAUCACUUUCCAAUGUCGCAAGAAAGAGAUUUUUACAUAUAAAUAUAUAAAUAUAUAUUCUAACUGUAUGCAACUGAAUAAAAAAAAAAAUGAAAAUGAGUCCACGAAUACUGAGCUAGACGAAACGAAUUUGAAAAAAUACAGAGCCUACACGCAGUGUUAUCGCUAACGGAGACAGUCACCGUUGUAAACGUAAGGAGGGAAUGUCGAAGCAGGCUGUGCACGUUGUCAUGGCAAUUACAAUGAUAUUUAUAAGCACCACUAUUUUAGCCGGAGAGGAAGUCCAAAGAGCUCCUAUAUAAAUCAUUCUCACAUCUAACUUUCACUCCUUUUUUUUUUGUUGAUGAAUAUUUUGUAACUGUUUUGCUUUUAUUCUAAAAAAUUAUUGGUUUGCCUUUUUUCUUUUAUAAAACGACUAGAUUGUUGCUCUGUUAUAUUCACAACAGUUAUUGAUGAGUUUUACGGUAGGAAAUACCUGUGGAUACAGUGAUGUACAUGUAAAAAGUUCAAAAAUAUAAUUUGUUUUUUUUUCUGAAACUUAUCAUUGUCCUUUGCCUCAGAUGUUGCCUUCAGAUAUGUGUUAAUAUCUUUUUCGUGUCUCUUUUUUUUAUUUUUCUUGAUUUUUUUUCCUGAGGAUUCAUUUCCACGAUCUCAUACGCCACGUCGGGUUUCUUUGUUUGGUUUGCAAAGAACUUUUUACAGCAGCCAGGGGUAUUCAGAAAAUAAGGGUUUGACCAUUUAGCUUUAGUAUCCAUCUGAAGUUCGUCUUUUGGGUGGUCUCACAAUAAAUAGUCAAAUCCCGCUUGACAAAGCUGAUCCUGAUCAAAUGGAGGACAUAUAUUUUAAAGAAUUGGGUUUUUUAAUACACAGGAACAACAAAAUGUACAACCAACUAUACUCAAACUGUGCUCUUGCUUGCUGAUGCAUCUGGUUUAAACGGAGGAUACGAAAACCAAAUAUUGGAUCCUGUCAGUAAAGACUGAGGAAAAGAUGUCUGUUAGUGACUGUUUUGACUUUGUAAUAAUUUGCCCUGUUUUCUGUCUUCGUUAAUGUUGGUUUAACUGAAUGUGGGGGUGAGGGGACUUACAUAAAAAAGAAAAAAAAAUGGGAAGAAUUGAUUAAAAAAAAGAAAAAGAAUUGUACAUCAAGUGCAAUCAUAAAGCGUGUUGAUAAAGGAGGCGAAUGCGCUCUGUAGAGCGGUUGUAGCAUUCGAUACUGGUCUCUUUAAACAUCGAAAUGACUCUUCACAGGGUGCAGCAUGCGGUAUGUACACAUAAUGAAUUGUUUAUGAGUGCUUUGAGGAUUUGCACUGUGUAAAGUGAAGAACAUGACUCCUGGGGAGUGUCCGAGCAGCGACGGACACAGGUUAACAUUACAAGUCGUGUGUUGUUCUGAUUGCUGCAAGCAAAUGCCUUGAUGCUUUUUAUGUUAUGAGGGGGGGAAAAUGAAUAAAAAAAAAUUAAAUGAAGCAAAAAA